AUGGCACUCACGGCAGAGCAAAUCGCCAUCGUCAAGUCGACGGCGCCCGUCGUCAAGCAGCACGGGCGCACCAUCACCACCACCUUUUACGAGUCCAUGCUCAGCGCGCACCCGGAGCUGCACAACAUCUUCUCGGUGCGCAACCAGCACACGGGCGCCCAGCAGACGGCGCUCGCCAACGCCGUCUUCGCCUACGCGGCGCACAUCGACAACCUGGGGGCCCUGGGGGCGGCAGUGGAGCGCAUCGCCCACAAGCACACGGCGCUCUUCGUCAAGCCGGAGCAGUACGCCAUCGUGGGCGAGCACCUGGUGGGCGCGUUUGCGACGGUGCUCGGGGACGCGCUGACCGACGAGGUCAAGGAGGCGUGGGUGGCGGCGUACGGGCAGCUGGCCGACGUCUUCAUCCAGCGAGAGAAGCAAAUGUACGAGGCGUCGGGGGACGAGUGGCAGUCGUGGCGCAAGUUCGUCGUGGCCCGGCGCGUCGCCGAGUCGGACGACGUCGUCAGCCUGUACCUGCGGCCGCGGGACGGAACGCCGCUGCGCAGCUUCAAGGCCGGCCAGUACGUCAGCGUGCAGGUGCCCGUGGCCGAGCUCGGGGGCGUGCUUCAGAGCCGGCAGUUCAGCAUCAGCUCAGUCCCCGGCGAGGGGCUGGGCGAGCUGCGCGUCAGCGUCAAGCGCGAGAGGCUGCCCGAUGGCGCGGCGGCGAGGGACAUGGCGGUGGGCAAGGUGCCGGGCCUCGUCUCCAACAAGCUGCACGACGACUACCUCGAGGGCAGCGAGGUGGAGCUGAGCGCGCCGCACGGCGACUUCUACUGGGACGCCAACGAGGUCAGGGCCGGGGCACCCGUGGUGCUGUUGUCGGUGGGCGUGGGGGCGACGCCCGUCAUCGCCAUCCUGCAGACGAUGCUGCGCGACGGCGAACGGCGGCCCAUCAGCUACAUCCACGGCGCGCGGCACGCGAGGUCGGUGCUGUUCCGCGAGGAGCUCAAGGCGGCCAUGGCCAAGCACGACAACGUGCGGCGCGCCGUAGUGGUCAAGACGGUGACGGGCAUGGACCGCGUCGGCCAAGAAUACGACAUGGAGGGCCGCAUGGACCUGGCCAAGGUGGGCGAAGAGCUGCACCUCGACCACCCCGACGCCCAGUACUACUUUUGCGGGCCCGAGGGCUGGAUGCUCGAGACGCAUGCCUGGCUCGUCGAGAGGGGCGUGGCGCCCGAGAGGCUGCACAUGGAGCUGUUUCGGACGGGGACGCUCUGA